AUGAGCAUUCCACAUAUGUUUAAAUGGAAUUGGAAGAAGUCUUCUGAUAUUACCGCUAUCAAGAAGAAGAAACCAACAAAACGUGUGAACAUUGUUAACAACCAGAGAGAUAAUAUAAUUCUAGAUAUGGAUGACACUUUAAAUACAAUGCCAAACGAAGGAACUAUUCAACAUUGGCCACUUACUUCCAAUCAAGCCUCCAAUUUUUCAUUACCAACCAUUAAUUUUGUACCAUUGGAAGAACCAACACAAAAUGAAACCUUUUCAUAUUUGGCUCUUCUUACACAACCCUCUCCUCCAAAAAUUAAUUAUCAAUGUGGAAGAGUAAUGGUUUCUAAUAACAAUAUGUGGAAUACUGAUAAUGAUACAACAUACUGUCUUUCUGAUAAUGAAUCUAAAGCCUUAAUGGAAAGAAUUCAAUUUUUUAUCACACCAAAUGGUGGUGAAGACACAUUCAACAUUAAAUUGUCACCAGCCUCUCCUAAAUAUAACCACACAAGAGUCAAGGAAGCCAAGACAUUAAUAGAAAGAAGUGUGGUAGCAAGAAUGAAUCCUGAUUCAGCAAGAAAUGUAACUUGGAGACAGAAUUUAUGUUUUACACUUCCAUUUGGUCCAAUUUCAGAUUUAUUCUUCUCUCAGUUAACUCAAUCCAAACCAUCAUCUGUUAAACUUACAUCUAAGUAUUACUAUAUGGAAGGCAAAUCCUCUAAAGGUUUGAAACUUGAUACAAAAGUGUAUGUAUGGGAUGAAGAUAAUAUGCCAAGUUUAAAAUCUGAACAUUGGUUUUUGAAAAAGUGGAAUGGGAAGAAUGAUACGUUUCGAGCUAGAUGUAUUCAGUUUACUUUAACUUACAGGCCUCAACUCGACAUUAUUCGUGUUGAAUUUAAAUAUACAACUCAAAAGUGGAACAAUAUUCUACAAGCUUGGCAAGAUAUGUAA